AUCGAUGGGUUGGCCGGGAUGAAGAUAUCCUUUCAUGUUAUCAAGAAUCGAAAUCUCAAGAUUGACAGCACAUCAACUUGAAGAAACUACCAGACUGCGGGAGAAUGCGUUAGUUUUGGCAUACGUGAUAUCGAUAUAGCAGGGCAAAGCUGCAUCGUCGACGACAAUGCCGGUCGGGCAAGCUGGAAAGAAACGCAAGCUGGACCGGAUCACAGAUUCGGGCGAAGAGGACUUGCUGGAGACGUUGAACCGUUUAGGGUGGCCUUCGUCGAGUCGAGGGCAGACUUUCGAGAGCAAUGAGCCGAGGCGGCGUUUACAGACAUCUCUCGUGCUCUCAUCGAACGUCCUCAUACACUGUCCUCCGUUAUCACCUAUCCGCCCAGCUCCUGUUCUCUUGGCCAAAUACCUAUAUAAUCAGACACAUUCGAAUGGCAAGACAAAAACACCCCGGACCGUCGAUCCUAAAUCAUACCCCCUUCCACUCCCAGCACCCAUAACGCUCGUCCCUUAUACCUACGGUCGACCGACGCUUCUCUCCCGAUCACAUGAUCCGAGAUACUUCUUGGUCUUCUGGCCUAGACUUCCGGAUGAACUAGCUGCACGACUGUCUCAAUCAGCGGCAAAUUCAGGCUCCGGGUUGACAGCGGGAUUUGAGAUGGGCUUAGCCGUAAAUCCCUCAGGAGCGUCAACAACAUCUAGCUCAAGGGCUGCGGACUUGCACUCGAGUUCAACGAUCCCCGACCCAUCACCUACCUCCAACUUUCUCCAAGAUGAACAGCUCCAUCCUUACCUUGCCUCGGAUCAAAAUCAAGCUCAGGGCGGUAUCCUCGCUCUGUACACUCGACCUGCAGCAUCGACAUCAAUAACCCGGCCGACCCAUUUCUUUACGUUCGACGUGCAUUCGUACUGGAAGACGGAUUACGAGCCAGUGACGUGUAGGUGGUUGUUUGAGCCUCGAAGAUGGGAUGUGGACGUGAGGAAGAAUGGUUUGAAGGUGGAAACUGAGACGGAGCACGUGGAGAUGAACGGGAAUGGGCAUGUGAAUGGGAACGGGAUGGAUGUGGAUACACAUCAUCAUGUGGAGGGGAACGGAACAUCUUCAUCUGAACCGAAUGGUUUACCCAACGGAGACAUCUCGGAGCGGGACGAACCGAGCCUGAACUUCUUCCGCAGACCGUUCUGUGGACCUAAACCUGUCAUUAUCAAAAACGUUCAGGCAAAGGAACCAUCUUCUGCAUCCUCGACAGACUCGCCUUUGGGAUUUGUCGUCCUGUUCGCCAACCACCACUUAAACUUCUAUUCGGCUUUACAUGCUCUUCCAUUAGUCAAUGAUGGGAUGGGAAUAGGAGGUUCAGGGAUGGGGACAGCCUUAGGACUCGGGCUGGAUCUACAGGGGGACGGGAUGAACACCGAUAUCUCAAAGCCCAGUUCUCCAAGGUAUCCGAAAUUGGAGGUCAUGAGCUGUCCACUAUUGACCCCCUCAACGGUUAUGGCUCAGCCGACACCUGGAUCUUCAUCUUCUUUGAAUUUGGACGGCAGUGUGAAUCUGAAUCUGGAACAGGGUUCAGCAGUGACGGCUGACGGCUCCUCAUCCUUGCCGAGGCUGAUCGUCCCGGGACAGGCGACGAUCGAUAUUCGGCCGGGCGAUGAGACGAUCUGGGUCGGAUUCAGGAGUUUUCGACCUAGGCGCGUGUGGGUUUUGGACGAACAAGGCGAUCAGGAUGGACACGGUCAGGACCGUCCUGAUGCAGGUACAGGACUGGGAGAUAAAGCCCAUCCGAACGGUGCUGUUGGUGGUGGUAGGAGCGUUUCAUCCUCUGCAGAUGGAGUACCCGGACGGGCACUGGAUACGCUGAGAGGUAUGGGAACCGCCGGGGAGGUAGAAGGCGAGCUAAGGCGACGAGUAGGGGUUCCGCCCAGGAGCGUGUUUCGGGCGAGCGACAAGGAAGGACAGGAGGAAGAUUGGGUCGAGGUCGUAGAGGUCAAGUUGGAUCUGCAUGAAAAUGUCUUUUCUAUGAACGCCAGGCCGAUCCCGCGGAUCAGGUUUCCCGAUUCCGAGGCGGAUAGUCUAGCCAACUCGGGGUUCCGUUUGACUGGAAUCGCGUUCACAGAGCCGUUGGACGAUCGGUCUAGCGGGACGACAACCUCAAAUAUCAACGGGUCGGACAACGUGCAUCGUUCGAGUGAUCCUGAUUUGAACCUGGAUCCUGAUCGACCGCUCGGCCUGAUCCUAGCGUUAUCAGCUUCGAGCGGGCCCAAGAGUGAUAAGACCAGCUUGGCUACGUACAAGAUCACCAAACGGAAUGUGGUUCUCAGCGACGCGUUUGCGAAUCUAGGAUCACCAACGCUUCCUGCAAAAAAGCUGGACCUGGCGGGUUUGGGAAGAGCGGAAUGGAUCACGCACUUGACACGGACCCAGGAGGUUCAAGGGCGAUUGACCAUACUCGAUAAUCCUUCCAGCAAGAGGGAAAACAAGCUAUUAACAAUGAUCGAGUCUCGGCUGAACUGCCUCGGCCGCAUGGAGACCGAGUUGUGCUGGUACGACCUGGAAUCUCCCCGCAUUCGCGAUUCGUUGAUGAAAACAGGCCAAAUUCUCACUGAGGUGUCACUUUCCGCCGGGAGAGACAUGCUGCUGUGGCGGGCAGCAGCAGAUGCGAGGACGCGAAUCGAGAUGCAGGAAAUGGACUUCGUAUCAAGUGAUGGACUUGCCAAUAAAAUCUGCGUCGCGAUUCUGAAUGGUAUCGCAGAUCGAAGCUCUCACGCAGCAGCGAGUCUCACCCUCAGGCCGGUUGGUGUCGAUUCCACGCUUACCAAAGUGUGGAAAAGAAUAUGUUGCGUUUCGGAGGGGCCGUUGCCGAGUAUGAUUCACAUCGUGCCGUUCCUGCAAGUCCAACAUGGAAUGUUCAGGAGCACUGGCGAUGAUCGGGCGUCAAGCGCUUUGUUUAUGCUCGAAUGCGUCCGGGCUUUGCAGCUUUUCACGACGAGUUAUCGCUCGACGGGGAGCGACACGCAAAGCGAGAACGCUGGAAAGUCUCGCCAGCACUCGUAUGACAUCAGCACAUUCUGGUUACUGCUUUCUCAUAUGAAGUGGUAUCUAGGUGUUAGUCGCGCCAUCAUACGAGAAGCUAUCCUCGCGGCUUCUGGCCGGUUGCCUGGUGCAGACCAUCCUUCGCCGCUUCAGUUCAUGAUCAACCCGAUAUCUCGGCGCAUAUUGCGUGACCUGCAUUAUCAUGUGCAGGCCUUUGCCAUAUUUGGCACCAGGUGCCGAGCACCUUUGCCCGUUCAUCCAGCCUUAGGGCAGCCCGGACAAAUUGAUCUUGCCUCGACCCGGCUGGCUCAGGCGGAUCUGCGGGAAGGAUUCGAUGCGGCGGGCGUCAGUAUCGGCGCCCUGUCCCGGAUUUACGACAGCUUCGAGGAGUUGACCACAACGGAAACGCGAGACAUUUCGUCUCGGGAGUGGACACACUCGCUUUUCCUCAAAUACACCCUACCCGAUACCGCUGAGGGUCUCGAGGCCCGAAUAAUCACCCAUUUGACGAACGACCAAAAGAUAAUCAAACAGCAAGCUAGCCUUUUCGCUCACGAGACUGGAACCAUAGAGAUAGGACUAUACGACAUCACUACCAAGGAGCCUCUACCCGCUUCCACGAAAAUUGCACAACGACAAUACCGGCAGAUCCGAGAAUGCACGGAUUGCGAAUCCCGAAGCGCUACAUGGCAGAUGCACAUCCCUAGCGAUGGGCUUAUGCCUGCAGACAUCAUGCCGGCUAUCUCCGAGACAGAUGACAUGGCUGCCAAAUGGCAUCAACGAUGGCAAAUUCAUUGUAUUUGCGGCGGCUCCUGGAGGCCGAUCUGA